AUGGGUUCUUGUGGCAUCGUGGCCACGAGUCACAACCUCAGCCACGUGGAUGAAGAUGCAGUCAAAUCUCUUUCUCUGGUCAAUCCCUCCAUGGUCAACCCCAGUCCAGGCGAUCCUGGAAAGUGGCAUGCCACCCUCGACAAAGCCAUCAGAAGCGUCGUCGCCAUCCACUUCUCCUGCCCGCGUCCCUUCGAUACCGAUUCGUCGUCGUCCAGUCAAGCCACAGGCUUCGUGGUCGAUGCAGAAAAGGGAUACAUCUUGACAAACCGCCAUGUCGUCGGUCCUGGUCCCUUUACUGGUUAUUGUGUCUUUGACAACCACGAGGAGUGCGAUGUUCAUCCCGUCUAUCGUGAUCCCGUCCAUGACUUUGGCUUCCUGAGAUUCGAGCCCAAGGCCAUCAAGUACAUGAAACUCGAGGCGCUCAAGUUGAACCCCCAAUCGGCGCGUGUCGGAGUCGAAAUCAGGAUCGUCGGCAACGACGCGGGCGAGAAGCUCAGCAUCCAUUCAGGUUUCAUCAGCCGAUUAGACCGGAACGCACCUCUCUAUGGGGGUGGGUAUAACGACUUCAACACCAAUUACAUCCAGGCCGCCGCGGCAACCACUGGAGGCAGCUCCGGAAGUCCCGUGGUCAACGUAAGUGGCCAUGCCAUCGCCUUACAAGCCGGUGGCCGGGCGGACAAGGCGACGACCGACUUCUUCUUACCUCUCGAUCGCCCCCUGCGAGCUCUAGAGUGUCUGCAAAAAGGCAUCCCCAUAAGUCGAGGCACCAUCCAGACGCAGUGGACCUGGAAGCCCUUUGACGACUGCAGGAGACUCGGCCUGACAUCGGAAUGGGAAUCCAUCGUUCGCGCUACCUUUCCUCACCAGAAUAACAUGCUCGUGGCAGAAACUGUCCUCCCCGAAGGCCCGGCGGAUGGCAAGAUCCAAGUGGGCGACAUCCUGGUCAAAGUCAACGAGCAGCUCUUGACGUCUUUCGCCUCCCUCGAUGCCAUCCUCGACGCCAGCGUCGGCAAGACAGUAGACAUCCUUCUGCAGCGCGAGGGAAAGGACCUUGCCGUCACUUUAGACGUGCACGACCUGACGGCCAUCACGCCAGACCGCUUCGUAGCUGUUGCGGGCGGCACCUUUCACAAUCUCUCGUACCAGUACGCGCGACUGUACCGCAUUCCGUGCCGGGGUCUAUAUGCCUCGAGCGCCGAAGGGUCCUUUGGCGAGGUUUAUAGCCUGUGGGGAUCGAUCGUCGACACGGUCGACCACAAGAAAACGCCCGACUUGGACACUUUCAUCGAGGUGGUGAGGAAAAUCCCGGACAAGUCGCGCAUCGUCGUCACGUACCGCUCCAUCCGCGACCUGGACACGCAGAGGGUCGCCAGCUUCUACGUUGACCAGAGAUGGGAUCCGGACCUGACCAUGGCCGUGCGCAACGACGAGACAGGUCUGUGGGAUUUCAACGUCAUUGACAACUUGCCCCCGGCCCUCGCGCCCGUGGUGCGGUCUGCAGACUUUGCCCAACCCGAAGGUUUGUCUCCACCCGUGGCCGACAUUGUCAGGUCAUUCGUCGAGGUCUCGUGCGCGAUGCCGCUCCAUCUCGACGGGUUCCCUCACAUCCGCCGCACGGGCUUUGGCCUCGUCAUUGCGCCGGGUUUUGUGAUAGUGUCGCGGGCGGUCGUGCCUCAUAGCCUGUGCGGCAUCAUCGUGACGGUGGCCGAUUCGGUGAACAUCGAGGGCGAGGUCUACUUUGUCGACCCCCUCCGCAACUACACCGUGGUUCGCUAUGACCCGGCCCUGGUGGAGGCGCCCGUGCAGGUGGCCACGCUGUCGACCGAGAUGAUCAAGCAAGGGAGCGACACGUUCUUCGUUGGCUUCAGCCGCGGUGACCUGUCGUUUGCAAAGACGACCGUGUCCGAGGUCUCGAAUCUGUACAUCCCCAAGGACAGCGGGGGUCCGCGGUACCGCGCCACCAUGGUCGAGGGCAUCUACGUCAACGCGUCGCUGCCGUCCAAGUGCUCGUUCGGCGUCCUCAUGGAGCCCGACAGCGUCGUCGUCCAGGCCCUGUGGCUCAACUACAUGGGCGACAAGGACAACGAGUACUACUUUGGCAUGGCCGCGAGCCUGAUCACGCCCGUCGUGGACCAGAUCAAGGCCGGGUUCGUGCCCAAGCCCCGGAUCCUCGACAUCGAGGCCAGCGGCCUGUCGAUGGCCGAGUGCCGCACGGCAGGCGUAUCGGAGGAGUGGAUCAAGAAAGUGGCCAAGGCGAGUCCGUCGCGACACGAGCUGUUUAGGGUGUCUAACGUGGCGUGCCGGCCGGAGGGGGAGGACGAUGAGGAUGAAGCGGAAAAGGGAGAUGACCCAGAUCAAGCCAAACAAGCCAAUGGAUGUGACAACCGCCCUACUAAAGACCAAUCCCUCCAGGACGGCGAUAUCAUCCUCUCGCUCAACGACCGGGUCAUCACGCGCCAGCACGACAUGGACAUGAUGUACGACCAGGAGUGGCUGGACGCGGCCAUCGUCCGACGCGGCGAGGAGAUGACGCUGCGAGUGCCGACGCUGGCGACGGCGGACCUCGACACAACGCGCGCCCUGGUCUUCUGCGGCGCCGUGCUGCAGCGCCCACACCACGCCGUGCGCCAGCAGGUCACCAAGCUGCACUCGCAGGUGUACGUGAGCGCGCGGCGCGCGGGCUCGCCCGCGCAGCAGUACGGGCUGAGCUCGACGACCUUCAUCACCGAGGUCAACGGGGUCAAGACGCCCAAUCUAGCGGCGUUUGUGCACGAGACGGCAAAGAUCCAGGACAACACGAGCUUCCGGCUCCGGGUGGUGACGUUGAAGGGCGUGCCGCAGGUGGUGACUAUGAAGAAGAACAGUCACUAUUUCCCAACAGUCGAAUACGUCCGAGGAUCCAACGGCGGCUGGACCGUCCACCGGAUCGAAGGGCAGCCGACGAACGAACCGACCAACGGAUCCAUGAGUGGACAGGUGGAUGAAAUCGUGGAUGAGCCAACGAAUGUCCCGACCAACGAGGCGACGACAACAACCCCACAAGUGAGCGAGGGCAAAGAGUGA